UCUAGAAGUCAUUUCUAAGGAUGACUGAAGCUAGUUGUUAUGCUGAUUUUUUCUGAAAGUGUGGCUCUUAACCUCUAAUCCUCCUGGGGCUUUGGGAACAUCACCAUAAAGGACAAAAUGGAAUGCAGUCUGCCAAGGGCCAAGUUAUAUCUGAUUUUGUUUGGGACUAAUGGAAACUUUUAGGCCACUGUAUUAGAAUCAGGGUAAAAGUAUACUUUGAGCAAUCCUGGUAGAAGCUGCUUAUGGUUGCUCUGUCAGAUCUGAGAGGCUUCUGAGAUUUGAGGGGCCUGGUGAUAUGGAGCAGUCUCCUGGGAGAAGCUUCUCCAAAUGUCUGACCAUAUGAGGAUAGAACAAUCCCCUGUGUCGUUUAUAUCCAAAGGCUGUUUUCAGUAUUGCUCCCUCAUAUAGCUGUCCUGACUCGGGGAAACCCUGACCAAAAAAACCAUUUAGUUUUCAGAGUAUUUUUCAGUUGUGAACUUUUUGAUUAUGAAAAAAGCAUUUGACUCAACAACAAAACCACCUUACAAGUUUUCAUUUUUCAGCAAACUUCUCUAAACAUCAUAGUCACUCAAAAUACCAUAAGGAAAAAACAUCAAAACGGAGCUCUGGUCAAUGCAGUGACCAGCCAUUCUUCCUGAGCAGAGGUAAUGAAAAUUAAUACUCACUUUGUGACAGAAGUCAUCAAUUCCACGGUCAGUUCAUUUGACUGCAACUGCACCUGUCUGCCACGAGGGUGUUUUGCAGAUAGAUGGAUGAUGAGCUGGACCCAGAGUCUUAAAAGGUGGAUUGCUAUCGGUGAGGUUUAAGAAUUUCAAUUCCUUUACCAGUUAUCUCCGACACUGACCUUGUGUAUGUGUGUAUCAGACUUUUAAUGUAUUAGAUGUUUUUGAUAGCAAAAUUCAGCCUUCUCUACCUUCCCUUUUGCUGCACAUCCUGAAAGAAAGGUCUGAGCUUUGUAAAAACCUGGGUUGGAGACUGAGCAGCACGUUCUUGGGUGGGCUUGGCAUCUGUAAAUUGUUGCUGGACUCAGCUACUAUCCCUCAGCAAAUAAGCUCUGCUGGUUCAGAAUGAUAGAAUUGUAGCUUAGGAGUCCUUCUCUAGUUAUUCCCCUAUAGAGUUCAGUCUGUGCUAGAAUUGAAUUCAUGCUCUUUGACUCUAAAUCCAGCCCUCUUUCUGCUGUACAGAAAAAGAUGUCAUGAAUGGUAGUAAGAUUUGUAUUGCUUUGAUAAUCCAGAGAAUUCUUUUCACCUAUAGUCAAAAUGAGAUUUUUUUAGGGUAGAAUGUUUAUUUCAACAUAGUAUCUUAAGACAAGUUUGUUAAAUCUAACUUAGAUUCAGAACUAGAAAGGGACCUCAGGACAUCUAGUUCAGAUGAGGAAACAGACCCAGGCAGGUUAAGAGAACAUCCUAAGUUCUUUCAGUUGAUACUCAGGGUAGCAUUGAUUGCCAAAACUUUUCACCAUCCUGAUUUGCUUACUGUAUGGUAUCCAGAACCCAAUAUAAUACUUUCAGAUACCAUCUGACUUGUGCAGAGUAUAAUUCUAGGCCUGGAAGCUUUUGGCCACUAUGUCUUAGUUCUAUGUUAAGUUAUAAGUCCACUAAGUGCCUCCCCCUAUUAUUUUAGACAAUCUGCUGUCUAACCAUGCCUCUUCUACAUGCUGAAAUUGAAUUUUUGAACCCAGGUAUAAGACUUUACAUUUAUCCCUAUUAAUUUUCAUAUUUAGCCUAUUAAGAUGUUGGAGUCUUUCAUCAUACAUUCAGUGUAUUUCCUAGCUUUGUGUCAUCGUUAAGUUUUUAAGUAUGCUAGCUCACUUAUUUCAGUUAUUCACAUGGAUAUCAGUCAUUAAUUAGGCCUGAACUUCUGUUCAUGUCUUUGACCAAAAGUGGCAUUAUUCAUACCCCAACAACUUUUUUUAUUAACCACUUUUUAUUAAGUGCUAUUUAGUAGUGUCAAUAUGCUACCACUAAAAAUUUUAAGGUUAUUUUAUUUAUUAAUCAAAUUUAAAAAUAAAUUAUUUUUGAAAUUUUCAAUUGAAAAUAAUUAGUAUUUUUUAAAGAAAACUUUUUACUCAUCUGUAAAGUAGGCAUCAUAAUCAUCUUGUCACUACUUACUUAUAUUUGUUUCUACAGGUGAGGAGUUAUCAGGAUGUCAUACUUCCACAUAGCUGAAGCCCCAUUUCCUGCCCCCUGCCUGUUCAAAUCCUGGCUACUAUCUGUUUGACCGUGGGCAAAUUACUUUAUCUGGUUUUAGUUUCUUCACCUGCAAAAUGGGAGGGGGUGGAAUUGAACUAGAUUAACUUUUUAAGAUCCAUUCUACCUCUUCAGUUUAGCUUCCUUUCUGUCUUCCCCCUGGUUCCCUCACGUCCAUCAAAGGGAAGUUGCUCAGGUGAAGACCAGGAGAAUGUGAUUAGUCUUGGCUGAGUCUCAGAAGUAGGUCCUGACAUGAUGAGCUUUUCUCUUGGGUUGUAGCAGUUCAAAGCCCUUCUCUUUGUGGUCCCAAUGCAAGUCCUGGAUGUCGGCUUGCUCCCAGCUCUUCUGUUCCUAUCUGUUGUCUAAAGUCCACAAGAUGUUUUGGAAUAGACAGACUGAAGUAUCUCAUCUUGAUUUGGUGACUUGGAGUUUAUCUGCUCAAUUCUGGCAAGUCCAAGCCCAGUGGAUCCCACCACAUUUCAUUGUAGAUGGCUCAUGAAACGCCCUCUUUUAACAUCUCUCUGGCCUUAGAACUUGAGUCUCAGAACUCUUCCAGGUGAAAUGCAAUUAGAAAACACUCAACAGCGUAGCAAGGGAAAUGACAGGGUGCAAAGAGUUUUGAUUGAUGUGCCCUCAAGACUCAGAAUUCUCCCAGGGCUGACAGGAAAAGUUCCAAACUGUUGAAGACACAGUUCCCCAACUGACAGUCUGGAGCUGAGAAGUAAAGCCCAAAGGGUGCAGGUCUGAUCUCUUCUGAACUCCCUUGGACAUCUUGGAAGCAGCCUCUUUGAAUAUCAUCAAGCAAGAGUGUGAUCAGUAUUGUCAGCAACGUCAUUGUGCUAGGCAUCUUUGUCAAAUACAAGGCUCUUCGGACAGCAACAAAUACAAUUAUCAUAAAUCUGGCUGUCACAGAUAUUGGGGUUAGCAGCAUUGGUUAUCCCAUGUCUGCUGCUUCAGACCUCUAUGGAAGUUGGAAAUUUGGAUAUGCUGGAUGUCAGAUUUAUGCUGGUUUAAAUAUCUUUUUUGGAAUGGCAAGUAUUGGAUUACUCACUGCUGUGGCCAUUGAUCGGUACCUGACCAUCUGUCAACCUGACCUUGGAGGAAGAAUGACUUCUUAUAAUUACACCCUAAUGAUUCUGACUGCUUGGGUGAAUGGCUUUUUUUGGGCCUUGAUGCCGAUCGUAGGUUGGGCUGGUUAUGCCCCGGAUCCGACUGGUGCUACGUGUACUAUAAACUGGCGAAAAAAUGAUGCAUCUUUUGUUUCUUACACAAUGACCGUUAUUACUAUAAAUUUUGCCAUGCCCUUAGGGGUUAUGUUUUACUGUUACUACAAUGUUUCUCAAAAGAUGAAACAAUAUUCUCCUAGCAACUGUCCUGAUCACAUAAACAGAGACUGGUCAAACCAAGUUGCUGUAACAAAGAUGUCUGUGGUCAUGAUUUUAAUGUUCCUGCUUGCUUGGUCGCCUUAUUCUAUUGUGUGUUUAUGGGCUUCUUUUGGGGACCCAAAGGAGAUUCCCCCAGCAAUGGCCAUCGUCGCCCCUCUCUUUGCCAAAUCUUCCACGUUCUACAAUCCCUGUAUAUACGUGGCUGCCAACAAAAAGUUCCGGAGGGCGAUAUCUGCAAUGAUCCGAUGUCAGACUCACCAAUCAAUGCCUAUUUCCAAUGCAUUGCCAAUGAACUAACUUGAGCUUUUGAGUUAUGAAAUGAAAAACAACCAACCCACAUUAUUUUCUUUUUUGUUGUAUUUUAACUUUGAUCUAUCUAAUAUUCCCACAAAGCCUUUACCUACUUGAAUUCAUGUACUGCUAUGAAUUUGUGAGCUUUUGAGACCCUUCUCAAAAGCAGGGACCAUUGUCUGAUUUUACAUCCUGCGCCCUUCUGUUGUUGUUUCAGUCCCGUCCAAUUCCUUGUGGCCCCUUUUAGGAUUUCCUUGGCAAAGAUACUGCAAUGGUUUCCAUUUCCUUUUCCAGCUCAUUUUACAGAUGAGGAAACUGAGGCAAACAGGGUUUGGUGACUUGUCCAGGGUCCCACAGCUACUAAGAAUCUGAAGUCUUCCUGACUCUCUUCACUAUACCAUCUUUCUGCCUCAUGUACCCUAUUAAUACAUGGUAUUCAUUUCAUCAGUUUUAAAAUUAAUUGUUGAAUCAAAUGUUCCUAGAUGAUAUACUAAAAAAUCUACUUUAUCUGAUUUUUGUUUUCUUUUCCUUAAUUUUCUAAAUAUAUAAUAUACUUAUUUUUAAACUGUUACCUUCUGUCUUCAUUUCAGCUCUAAGACAGAACAGUGGCAAGAAUUAGGUAAUGGGGGUUAAAUGACUUGCCCAAGGUCACACAGCUAGGAAGUGUCUGAGGACAGAUAUGAAUCCAAGACCUCCCAUCUCUAGGUCUAGCUCUCAAUCCACUGAGCCACCCCGCUGCCCCCAAUAUGGUUUUAAAUAAAAGAUCAAGAUUGUAUUUCCUCAAAGCCAUAGCCAAUCUCAUCUUCUUGUAUACUCCUUUUUGCUUAGUUCACUCCUUUUAGCAUAAUUAAUUAUAUAGUUUUUUAAUAUGAAGUAUCAGCUUAGCAUAAUCAAUCAAGGCCAGUUACUGGAGUUCAGAGAGACAUGGAUGAAAGUCUGGUGUUUGACACAGGGCAAUCAUCAAACCUCUCAAUGCCCCAGGCAACUCUCUUUUAGACUAUGCCUUGAUCUGUAUUGAUAGAAGGAUUUUCCUCACUGGGAACUCUAUGUUAAUGCAGUCAUAGGUCUGUUCCAAAAUUAGGGCUGUCAACCAAGAUGCUAAAUAGAAGAAGCCUCUAAAUGACAAAAGGGUAGUUUUCCAAAAGCUCAUUUGUACCUUUGUUGUUUUUAACUUAGAAUAUGUGGCCCCAAAGAAGUAACAUUAUUAAAGGAAUAGUUAGUUAGGUUUCCAGGUCAACUCACAAAAGUCCAUUUGAUGUAUAAUGGACUGACUUUGUCUAAAAAGUCCCCUUUCUUCUGCUCCAACAUCUCCUUGUAGGGUGGGAGCUAGUAACCAUGAAUUAUUUUUAAAAAUAAGUUUUUAUUGAUAUGAGAUUUUGCUUUCCAUUCUCUGAAUUCCCCUAAUAAUAAGUAAUAAAAAGGGGGAAAAUUCAGGAAAACUAACCAACAUAGCAAAAAAAUCUGAUGUGAGAUGCCUUCUCAUAGCUCUUCUUUUGGAUAAAAUAAUUUUCAGUUUUUAUUGCUUUGUUAUUAUUGUUCUAUUUAUAUUCUUGUAGUCAUCAUGUAUAGUAUUUUUCUUGGUUCUGUGUACUUCAUUCUGUAUCAGUUCAUUAAGAUUUUUUAUCAUAGUCAUAUCUUUUUAUGGCACAAUAAAUAAUAUUCCUUUAUAAUUCAGGUAUCAGAACUUGUUUAUCCAUUUCCCAAGCUACCUUGCUUCCAGUAUUUUGGUUCUACUAAAAGUUUGACUGUAAAUAUUUUGGUGGGCUUUCAUGGUCCUUUUCUUUUUGUCUUUGACUCCUUGGAGUGAUCUCCCAGCAGUGGAAUUUCUUGGUCAAAGGAUGUGAUGGUCGAGACUGACCUAGAUCAUUCCCAGUUAGGUGUAGGUUUGGUGUUGGAAUGAGAUGAGAUAAGAUAGAGGUUU